AUGUCCCAAUUGGAAAAGCACAUACAUACUGCUACGGCUGAGUUCCAGCACUACUUGGAGUUUGCAAAGCUGAAACUCACAACAAACUGGGAUCAAUUGGCCGACUUGUUCAAGCACCACACAAAUGAAUUGACUGUCGACAGUGUAUUGAAUGAUUUCAAGAACUUCAACAUCAACCCCGUCACAGUGUCAUUGACCUUGAUUUCAGUAACCACGUUGGUCCUCUUGGGGAAAGUGUUCAGUUCCGGUUCAAGUGAACACCGCCACCACCACCACCACGAUUCCAGCGACAAGAAGCACAAGAAGAAGAGCGGAAAGAAAAAGUUGAGCAGAGCGCAAAGGGCCAACAAAGAGAUUCAAGAGAUCUUGGACUAUGUCGAACUGGAAUAUGUACCAGAGAUUGACAAGUACAUUGAAAACUACCAAACUUUAUCUAAGGAUGAGCUUGAAACUAAAUUCAAAUUCUACGACGAAAUGUUGUUGAAAGAAUUGGUCAAGUUGGAUGGAAUUGACGUUACUGGAAACGACAUUCUCAGAGAAAAUAGAAAGAAGGUGAUCAAGUUUAUUCAAGACCAUCAAAAGAGAUUAGACAAGUUUAAGAAGGAUAUUGCUGUAUGA